GUCUUCAUCUGGAAAGAAGUGAAGUUAAACUCUUGAAUUGCUUUUUUUUUUUUGUCCUUGCCGAAGAAAAGAUAAAAUGGCCUCAAUGCUGCUGAGCCGACACUUGGCUUCUUCAUUGCAACAGAACUCUAGAGUAUUUGCAGCAGGGCACCGGGGUAUCAGUCAAGCAGCGGCAAAAAUUGAUGUGGAGUUUGACUAUGAUGGGCCCCUUAUGAAGACCGAAGUCCCUGGUCCCAAAUCCCGGGAACUAAUGAAACAGUUGAAUGGAAUUCAGAACGCCGAAGCCGUGCACUUUUUCUGCAACUACGAGGAAAGCCGGGGGAAUUACCUUGUCGAUGUCGACGGCAACCGGAUGUUAGACCUCUACUCUCAGAUUUCUUCCAUCCCGAUAGGUUACAACCAUCCGGCUCUGCUGAAACUCCUCCAGCAACCCCAGAAUCUGAGCACCUUUGUGAACAGGCCGGCCUUGGGGAUUUUGCCUCCGGAAAACUUUGCCGAAAGGCUAAAGGAAUCGUUGCUCUCGGUGGCUCCCAAGGGUCUGUCUCAGGUGAUCACCAUGUCCUGUGGGUCUUGUUCCAAUGAAAAUGCCUUUAAAACCAUCUUUAUGUGGUACAGGAGCAAAGAAAGAGGCCAUAACAAUGUGACUAAGGAAGAGCUGGAAACUUGCAUGAUCAACCAGCCUCCCGGUUGCCCCGAGUACAGCAUGCUUUCCUUUAUGGGCGGAUUCCAUGGAAGGACCAUGGGCUGCUUAGCUGCCACACACUCCAAAGCCAUCCACAAACUGGACAUCCCGUCCUUCGACUGGCCCAUCGCGCCCUUUCCGAGGCUGAAAUACCCUCUGGAGGAGUUUGGGAAGGAAAACGAACAGGAGGAGGCCCGCUGUUUGGAAGAGGUGGAAGAUCUAAUUGUGAAAUACCGGAAAAAGAAGAAAGUGGUGGCCGGCAUCAUUGUGGAGCCCAUUCAGUCGGAAGGCGGGGACAACCACGCUUCGGACGACUUCUUCAGGAAAUUGAGGAAUAUCGCCAGAAAGCAUGGAUGCGGUUUCCUGGUGGACGAGGUGCAGACGGGAGGCGGAUGCACGGGCAAGUUCUGGGCCCACGAGCAUUGGGGCCUUGAUGACCCCGCAGACGUGCUGUCCUUCAGCAAGAAGAUGAUGACCGGAGGGUUUUUCCACAAGGAGGAAUUCCGGGCCAAUGCUCCAUAUCGGAUUUUCAACACGUGGCUCGGGGAUCCCUCCAAGAACCUGCUCCUUGCAGAAGUCAUUAAUGUCAUCAAAAGAGAAGACCUGCUGAACAACGUAACUCAUGCGGGGAAGGUCCUGCUUGCCGGGCUGCUGGAUUUACAGAGUCGCUACCCGCACCUGAUCAGCCGGGCACGAGGACGAGGGACAUUCUGUUCGUUUGACACUCCAAAUGACGCCAUUAGGAACAAGCUCAUUGCAAUAGCGAGAAACAAAGGUGUGGUGCUGGGAGGCAGCGGUGACCGAUCCAUCCGUUUCCGUCCCACUCUGGUCUUCCGCGACCAUCACGCCCACCUCUUCCUCAACAUCUUCAGCGACAUUUUGGCCGACUUCAAGUAGCCAAGUAGCCUUAUUUUGCACUGAGAGAGAAAGGAAAACAGACAAAACCCAAAUCCUAUGAGUCUGAGAAUAGUUUAUUUAAAAUCAUAAAUAUAUAUUAUAUAUAUAUAUAUAUAUUCACUAAUAGAAGAAAAAACUGAAUCCACGAAGGCUUUUUAAAAUGUUGUUUUCCCAUGCUUACCACCAAGUCUUCUGCCGAAAUUUCGGGAUGCUUUCGGAACCUCUUGCGAGGAUUCCGAAUUCCCGAUUUGGAAACUCUAGGGGCGAAUUCUGUGGCUGUUCAUCUUCUCCAAGCCGAUGCAUGCCAUAUUUUGAUUCGAGUGUUUUAACUCCAAUCUCGAAUGCCCCCAAAACCUUUCCGUGUCAAGUUUCUAGUCUUUAAAAUUGUGGCGACGCUUCGGAAAUUGUGCACAAACUGCCACUGACCAGGGAUCCUUGUGUCGUCUCCAAUGCACAUGGAUCAGUUUUUUUCCUACAUUUGUGUACAUAUAUACACAGCCUACACCGUCUGUAAUUUUGCAUUUAAGCAACUGUUUCUCCUUGAGUUCUCUUGUUGAUGUAUCUGCAUCAGAAACAUUAAAUUUAUUUUUUUAAGUUUGUGGAGCCACUGUGAGGGAGGCUCUGUAUAGGCUGAGCAUAUUCCUAUACCCAAGCUUAGAAAUUGUAGGGCUCAGGGAAGGAGAGGGAUUCGGUCACAUUUUCAUCAUCACAAGGGUUUCAUGCGCCCACCUAAUAGCUGAACCAACCCAAGGCAGAAGGGAGUUGUAGUUCAAAACGUCUAGAAUCAAGAAAAGGGGACAGAAAUGGGAGAUUUACAUGUUCUUCAAUGCACUACGGGCAGCCUUGGCUGUAGCUUAUCCUGAGGGCUGGAACAGUCAACUCCUUUAGUUAUUUAUGAGCAUCACAAAACUAUUUUUCAAGCCAGUUGUUUGGGGAACUGAAAAAAUUAGGCUUGCACAAUUGGUGAAUCUGCCAUGGAAGUUCCACCUUCCAGGCUGAAAGAUACUAUUUAGUAAAAUGCCAACAAAAAUAAAAAGUUCGGCAAAGUGUUUUGGACAAUGGUUCCUAGAAACUCCCAGCCAGAGAGAACUUUUCUAAUGUCUAGAUUAUUAUAUUCUUGUGCCUGCUAUUGCUGCUUCUGUAGACCUGGCCCAACUCUCAUUUUGUGCCAAAGCAAAAGUCUAAACCCUGAUUAUUUCCAAAGCAGCAGCAGACUUUGUGGUUUGUUGACGUUUUUCUCCCCAAACAGGUUGCAUCUGCUAAGCAGAAGGUAUUUGUGAAUUUGGGGAAGAGAAACCUGUUUCAAGGGAUCUUCUAUAUAAACCUCACUUUAGUUCUGUCCCCCAGUUAAAUUGCUUUCCUAGCAGAGACAAAGCUUGCAGCUUGCAAACUAGACAGGACCAAAAGUAGCAUUUUUGUUCUCUUCUAUAUUGUGCCUUUUAUUCCCCACCCAACUCCUUGCACGCUGAAGUGGAAAGUAGAUGAGACCUCAAAAACCCCUGUCGUUAUCUUUUAGGGACAUAGAUAUGAAAAGAGCCUCACAUUUGUCACUGUUGUGUUCUUUCAAGUCAUUUCUGGCUCAUGGCAACCCUGUCGUAGGGUUUUCUGGGGCUGAGAGAGAGUGACCUGUCCAAGGCAGCCCAUUGGGAUUUCAUGACUGAGCAGAGAUUUUUCCUGGUCUCCAGAAUGAGUCUUUAGAUAACAGCUUGGAAAAAUCUACUUUUGGACUGCAACCAUUAUAGAUAUCCAUGCUGGACGGCACAUUAUGGGAGUCAUGGUCCAAUAAGUACAUUUUGCCAGGCUUUGCAACAGAACCAGACAUACAGAAGGAAGUACUUCAGUUCAUUAACUCGACAAACGAAGCAUUCCUUAUUCUUUUCCUUCCAUUCUAUACCUAAUUUGCUACAAUCCAGAAUGUCCAAAAGUCUCUCAUGCAAAUUGAGCAAGGUGUGCAUGUAUGUGUAGUUGACUGUGGGUCUCUCAGCCUCAGAAAAACGACAAACAAUGCUAAGAAAACUUUACAGUAGGGUCGCCAUAACAAAUUGGAAAUGAUUCAAUACACAACAAUCUCCUUUGCGUUGAAGGUUUGCCUCUGACUUCUUCAGUAGCCAAAUACCUUUUGAAAAAGAAUCCAGAAUUUAUUGCUGAUGGGCAGAGAGUAGGGACUUAGUUCAACAUAUCAGUGUAGCAUCUCUUGCAAGUCUUGUAUUUUUGUCCUAUUCCCACAACCUGUUAUUCUGGACCAUGUUCUUGUUUUGCUGAUUAUAAACUCUUCUUCAGCGCAUCUCGGGGUUUCAGAAAUGAUUUCUAUGGAGCCCCCUUUUAACUGUGAACAUGUAUGCACACCUAACAACAGUCAGACCAAAGUAGAUGCUCUUAAUCUACAGUGUACGCUGACCUAUUUCAAGAAGUAAUAACUUGUUUACAGCCUCUCUGUCAACUGUGCCAAAACCAUGCGUAAACCAGUACCUAACCGCACUUCUAGACGUUAACCAGUAGCCAUGAAAUGCAUUUCCUGUGUUAAUCAGUAUUCUUAAAAAUAAAAUAUUUAUAAUGGAA